AUGCCGCUCCUGCCUCUGGGGUCACCAUGCAGUGGGAGAGACACACCCGAAACAGCAGCAGGGCACAAGGACCACAGGCUGGUGUACCCACUGCCCAACCACUCCAUGUCCAUCGCUGACCACGGCCCGGCCAACCCCACGCCCGCUGCUGCCCACACAGAAGCCACGGCCACGGCCCAGCCAACCCCACGCCCGCUGCUGCCCACACAGAAGCCACGGCCACGGCCCAGCCAACCCCACGCCCGCUGCUGCCCACACAGAAGCCACGGCCACGGCCCAGCCAACCCCACGCCCGCUGCUGCCCACACAGAAGCCACGGCCACGGCCCAGCCAACCCCAUGCCCGCUGCUGCCCACACAGAAGCCACGGCCACGGCCCAGCCAACCCCACGCCCGCUGCUGCCCACACAGAAGCCACGGCCACGGCCCAGCCAACCCCACGCCCGCUGCUGCCCACACAGAAGCCACGGCCACGGCCCAGCCAACCCCACGCCCGCUGCUGCCCACACACAUGCCAUGCCCACAGCGUAGCCAACCACGGCCCAGCCAACCCCACACCUGCUGCUGCCCCCACACAGCCACAGCCAAGGCCCACCUGACCACACCACCCUGCCGGUCCACACUCAAGCCCCGGCCACUGCCAGAGCCACUGCCACCCCCACACAAGUGA